AUGGGACAAGACACUCCACGGGCUGUCGCUGGCAGCGUUACAACACCGCCUGACGAAUACACGUCUCUACUGACAGGCCAGCCCCAAGGGAGCGUGUACAGCCAAAAUGAAGAGGACCAAAUCACCGUCCUCGACGAGGACAAGCCGACGAAAAAGCUCAUCCUGGAAGAAGUCAAGGUCCUUCUCAAGGGAUCCGUUCCCGUCGUCCUCGCUUAUACUCUCCAAAACAGUCUACAAACAGUCUCCGUCUUGAUCGUAGGCCGUUCGUCGCCCGAGAACUUGGCCACGGCGGCCUUCUCGUACAUGUUUGCCAUGUGCACGGCGUGGCUGAUCGGUCUCGGAGGCACAACGGCACUCGACACACUCGCAUCCUCGACUUUUACCGGCAGUUCCAACAAGCACGAUCUCGGUAUACUCCUACAGCGGGCCUUUAUUGUGCUGGGUCUGUUUUACAUCCCCGUGGCCACGCUCUGGGCGUUUUCGGAGCCGGUCUUCCGGAGCUUGGGACAGGAUCCUCAACUGUCGCGCGAUAGCGCUCGAUUCUUGACAUGCCUUAUCCCUGGUGGACUUGGAUAUAUAUACUUUGAAGCUAUGAAGAAGUAUCUUCAGGCGCAGGGUAUUGCACGACCCGGUACUUAUGUAUUAUUCAUAACAUCCCCUUUCAGCGCUGCCCUCAACUAUCUCUUCGUUUACAAGCUCGACAUGGGCCUACUAGGCGCUCCUAUUGCCACCGGCAUCGCGUAUUGGCUUUCCUUUGGCCUUCUGCUUCUCUACGCCCGGUUCGUCGCCGGUUCCGAAUGCUGGGGCGGAUGGACACGCCAAUCCCUCGAGAACAUGGGCCUAUUUGCGCGCCUCGCCUCCAUGGGCAUCAUCCACGUCGGUACCGAAUGCGUCAUCAUGACGGCGGACCAGGUGCUCAACACCAUCCCCUUUGGCCUCGGCGUCGCGGCUUCCGUGCGCGUAGGCAACCUCCUCGGCGCGAGAGAUCCCAAAGGUGCGGCUCGGGCGGCGCACUGCGCGGCUUGCUUGAGCGUGUUCCUGGGCCUCGUCGUGCUGGUGGUUCUCAUGGCCACGCGCAACAACUUUGCCAAGAUUUUCAACGAUGACGAGCAAGUCGUGCGCCUCACGGCCGAGGUUCUCCCCUACGUGGCCCUUUUCCAGAUUGCCGAUGGUCUCAACGGUAGCUGUGGUGGCAGCUUGAGGGGUAUGGGCUUGCAACACAUUGGCGCGGCGGUUAACCUCGUCAGCUACUACUGCGGCGCCCUCCCGCUGGGAAUCUAUCUCGCUUUCCAUGGCUGGGGCCUGAAGGGCUUGUGGGUGGGCCAAUGCAUUGCGCUGUACCUGGUCGGCACGUUGGAAUGGAUCAUUGUCGGGUUGAGCAACUGGGAGAGAGAGGUGGAGAAGGCGUUUUUGAGGAUGGACAAGGCAGAUCAGGUGGAGGCGGGAGGACUACUUCACUAG